AUGACGAGUCGCACUGCGCUGCUAUCAGCAGCCGCCGCGUGCCGCCAGCAGCGCAAUCUCCGCCACUUGCUCUCCGCCGCGCCAUUCUCUUCCGCCGCUGCUCCGCCACUCUUGCGCCCCUCAUCCCCCUCCCCGACGUCCCCCGCCGCCGCCGCCUCCCCCGCGCCCGCAACCGGCUCCUCUUCCGCUCAUUGCGCUGCUUCCGCGUCUCCCGCUGGUUUCCCCUUCGUCCCGUCGCGCCUUGCGUCAUGCGUCGAACCGCACCGCACUUUCAGCAGCAGCAGCAGCAGCAGCAGCGGCGGCGCGGGCGGCGGUGCGCGCGGAGCGGAGGGGGGUGUGACAGGCGCGGGGAAGAGCGCGGUGGCGGAGAAGGACUUUAGCGCGGCGGAUCUGGUGAUUCAGGAAUCCACCAGACCCAAGGAGCCACUGAGUCUGCGAGCGCUCAAGUUUGGGUCGCAGUUCUCGGAGCACAUGCUGCUGGUGCCGUGGCGCCGCCAGCACGGCUGGUCCAGCCCUGUCAUCAAGCCCGUUGCGCCGCUGCCGCUGCACCCUGCCGCUCAGGUGCUGCACUAUGGCAUGGGGUGCUUUGAGGGCAUGAAGGCGUUCAAGUCAGGCAGCGGCAUCAUCCGUCUCUUCCGCCCCGACAAGAACAUGGACCGCCUCGCCUCCUCCUGCCACCGCCUCAACCUCCCCGCUUUCAGCACCGUGGAGCUCCUAGAGUGCAUCAAAGCCCUGCUCAAGGUGGACGAGCACUACAUCCCAGCAGCGCACGGCUUCGCAGCCUACAUCCGCCCCACCGUCAUCGCCACCACGCCCUUCCUGGGCGUCGGGCCCCCCACAGACGUGCUCCUCUACGUGCUUCUCUCCCCCGUGGGGCCCUACUUUCCCUCCGGUCUCAAGCCCAUCCGCCUGCUCGUGGACCAGGAGCAUGCGCGCGCGUUCCCGGGGGGCGUGGGGGAUAAGAAGGUGGCUGGGAACUACGCGCCGACGAUCCUGCCACAGGUGCAGGCUGCGCACAAGGGGUGCUCCCAGGUGCUGUAUGUGCUGAAGGAUCAAGAGGUUGCGGAGGGCGCAGGAGCGGAAGCAGGAGCAGGGGGAGGAGUAGCAGGGGCAGAGGACGGGGAGGAGGAUGGGUUGAUUGGCGAGUCGGGGUCGAUGAAUGUGUUCUUUGUGGUGCGCAAGGAGGGAGGGGCGAAGCACGGCACGAGUGGAGUGGAGCUGGUGACUCCGAGUCUGGACGGCAUGAUCCUGCCGGGUGUGACUCGAGACUCGGUGCUGCAGCUCGCACGCGCAUGGGGCGAUAUGGACGUCUCUGAACGGCCGAUCCGACUCAAGGAGAUCCGGCAAGCGCACAAAGAAGGGCGGCUGCUGGAGAUCUUUGGCACGGGCACAGCCGUGGUGGUACAGCCCGUGUCUGCCCUAGUCCUUCCCGACGGCACGGAGCUUUCCACGCCCGUGGAAGACGCCACGCUGGCGCACUGGACCAGCAAGAAGCCCGGACAGGUGUGGAACAAGCCUGAGGAUUGGGAGCCACUCAGUGUGGCGGCUCGCGUGCACCGCGCGCUGAUGGAUAUUCAGUAUGGGCUUGUGGAGCACCCGUGGAGCGUGAAGGUGGAGUGA